AUGGAAAUUAGUCUCAGUACCAACAAAUUGGUUUCAACACCAACAAAAUUAGGGUUCCGACGAAAGAGUCAAGUCAUAUCAUGUAGGGUUGAUAAUUUCGCCGCCACGGAAAGGGGGAAAACCAAUUUUUAUAAAGUUCUUUCUCUUGAUUCCGAGAAUGUCGGUUUAGCUGAAAUAAAGAAGGCUUAUAGAAGAAUGGUUCUUGAAUAUCAUCCCGACGUUUGCCCUCCUUCAGCAAGGGAAGAAUCGACCCAGCGAUUUCUCGAGCUUCAAAUGGCUUACGAAACUCUUUCGGAUCCGGUUUCUCGUCAAACGUAUGAUUAUGAAUUGGGCUUGGUUAAUCCGGAUCCGAUUUCUCAUCAAAUGUAUGAUUAUGAAAUGGAGUUGGUUAAUCCAAUUGGGUUUGGAUUUGGGAAUUAUAUGACGGACGAAAGGAGACCGAACUUUCAGAGGGAUGUUAAAAAACGAUCAGAGAGUAGUAUGCAGCGGAUGAAAAAUAGGUGCAGGUAG